GUGUAUUUAUUAAAAAUGUCUGUUGCAAAGAAAAAGAAGCACGUGUCGAAGAAAAAUAAGAAGGCUUGGCGUAAAUACUGUGACAUUACAGAUGUAGAAGCGUUCUUGGAAGAUCAGCGAUUAGAAGAAAGACUGGGGAAAUUCGACACGAAGCCAGAUAGUGAGCUAUUCAUUUUAGAUACAGAGGGUGACAAUAAACCUGUAGUUUUUGAAGAAAAACCUCUCUCCGCUAAGCUGAGAAAAAGAUCAAAAUUGGCAGAGACACCAAAAUGUUUUGAAAUUUUAUUGCCUUCAUCUAAGGUGCAAGAUCCUAAUGCAAAGCGGAAUCAUGUGAAUCCUGUGGGGGCAAAACCUACAGCUUUAAGUAAAGUAACAGAGAAGCGACGAUUUGAGAAAGGAGCGUACCAAAAGAAAAUUGAAUUAGCACGAAAGAACAGGUGGUUAGCUGUGGAAAAGAACAGAAAAGUUAAACAGUCUAGGCAAAAUUUUCACAUAGAUUUGUGGGGUGAACAAGCGCCAGAAACUAAAGGGAUCCCUGAAACUCUAUGUGAUGAAUUUGUGUCACCUGAAGCUCAAUUACAUAAUGUGCUUACCGAGCGACGUUUGCGACCAAAACCACCGCCACCCAAAACCGUAACCACACGCGCCGCAAUUGAGACUCCACAUCCUGGUGUCAGUUACAACCCCUCUUUCAAGGAACACCAAGAGCUGCUGCAAGAAGUGGUGCAGCAUGAGCACAAGAUGAUGAAGCGUGAGGCACACUUGAUGCGCGUCACCAAUGGCAUGUUCCGCAAAGUAACACAAGCACAAAAAGAGAACCAGUGGCGCGAAGAAAUGAGCGUUGGACUACCUCAACCACACAACCCGUGUAAAGAUCCGUCGGACUCCGUGUCGGACACUGACAACGUGUACAAAGCUAUCAAUCCUCCUGUGAAGAAUAAGAAGAAAAACCUCAAAACCCGAAGGAAACAACGCGAACAGCUCGAAGAAAAGGAGAGACUAAAAAGGGAGAAAAUAAAUAAGAAAAAGAUUACAGAUAUUUAUAAGCUCCGUAAAAUCCAGUCUUCGAUAUUGAAUAGCGAACAGAAGAAAGAGGAAGUUCACUCUAAGCGGAAACAAAAGAAAACUGUAGAAAAAGCUACUGCUGUGCCCGCAUUGAAUGCGCAUAAGACACCUAAGAAGGAACCUGACUUCGUAGAACCUGAACAGCUAACGGGGGAUUUGAGACACGUCUCUGCGAAAACUAACCUCUUACGCGACCGUUACGAGUCCCUUCAAAGGCGUGGAGCGCUCGCCGCUGCCAAGCUCAUGAUGAAGAAGAAGAAAAAUCUCAAGAGCUACUUCAAGCCAGGGCAUAAAGUCACUGAGCAGGAUAUCGAACGCUACAUCGCAAAGGCCCGCACAGCGGGUAAGAAAUAAUCUAAUAACAGUACUUUGUGAUAAUAAAAUAGUUAAAGUAAUCUUUCGU